GGAGAAUGGCGUGUGCGAGGAUUUAGACUCAUUCCGAUUCAUCGCAGGGAGUGAUUGCUGCCGCUUUUGCUGUCUGAUAGCUUUGUGGCUGGUUCCCCACCACCAGCACGCCUGAUGGACGUCAAUCAGGUGAAUGUGCGGACGCGGGAGGGCUCACAAGGGCUCACAAGACAGAGGAUGACAGACGAGCACAGCAGAGAGAAUGCAGGCAGAGAAAGCCGCCUUUGCCAUGCUUUCGACCACUCUGAUCUGCUGUUCUGGCAUGGUUGCAGGGGGUCUCUUACGGUUCGUCGCGGCUUGUUCUUAGCAGCAUAAGAGCGGCGCCAUGAGUGUAGCUCAGGUGAGCGGCGGCCUGGCGGCCAGGAGAGGGCAGCAUCUCCCAUUCACCGCCGGGUGUGUCCUUGUGUGUGCUGUGUGUGGUGUUCAGUUGAAGCAGCAGGCGGCGGGCGUCAAGCAGGGCUUGGACCAGCUGCUCCAGCUCCACUCGGAGGUAGCAAGGGCUGACACAACUGACAGGCCUGACAUCUCAUUGGUUGAAUCGUGUAUGUGUUGUUCGCUGCCAUGUUCUGUCGGUGAGUCAGGUGGGUGCAUCUGUGUCCCAGAUCAACCAGCUGGACCCUGCCUAUCACCCUGCCGAGGUACACACAUAGCCUGCACAAGGCCACCGAGGAAGGCGUUCCACCAGAUGGUGUCUGCUGUUCCCUCUGCUGCUGGACAACCGCAGGCGUCAUCGAAUGAGUCGCUGCAGGUGCACGUGCAGCUGUCCCUCGCCGCCGCCCAUGUCAACAGCGCCGUCACUCAGCUGUCGUCCGUCAGGUCGGGCCUCUCGGGAGCCGUUGGUGCGCUGAGGGCGACAGGCGCACCACCACCAGUCAUUAGCUCGGCAGCUGAAGGGACCGAUCAACAGCCACAGGUACAGAUCAUGCAAUGCACAGAGUCAGUAGAAAGCAUUUCAUCGAUUGCCCCCCCAUGUGUUGGUCACAGACCCGGCGCCCAUCGUAUCGUCUGAUCCAUCGAAGCGGCAACCCUCCCCCCGUCCACCAAGGACCGGUCAGACUGACCAUGACAGAUCUGAUACACCGAACCAUCUUGACCUUACUUUGAUGUCAUGUUGGUUGCCACAUCAGGCCCGUCGUCGGCUGUCCCGUGACGAGUUGGCCAACGUCUUCGGCCACCUGCAGCCCUGGGAGCUGACGCGCCACCGCCGGCCCCUCGGCACGCCCCUCUUCCAUCAGUCGGCCGCCAACUACACCCACCUGGUCAUCGACUGUGAGGACGACACGGCGCGGCGCAUGUGGGAGACCAUGCCGCUGGCCGUGGCACACAAGUGGGGCAAGAGGGCGACCAACGUGCGAGAGAUCAAGCACCGCCACCCGGCGAUGCGAGACGGAUGGUGUCGCGGGACGUGGGUGACGCUAGUGGAGGGUCAUGCCAUCGGGCGGGCGGUCAUCGCAGACAAGAAGCGACGGGAGAGGGAGGGCGGGGAGGGCACAGCUGCUGCCGCGGCAGAGCAAGAGGACGAUGGCAGCUGGUCGGCUGACGAGGGCACACUGGAGGUGCUGUCAUUCGAGGAGGUCAAGCUCAACCACAGCAUUGACAUCCCCUACCCUGUCCCCUCAUCUGCCCUGCCCGCCGCCCCCGUCCACCUGCCCGCACUCAAGACCGUCGACAACAUACCCGGCGAGUACAUGAAGACUCGCGUCGGCCGCCAGUGGCUGACGCCCGCUGUCAGGACGCUCAUCAUUCGAGACCCCUUAGCUGAGGUGGCGGGUGCGAGGGCAUGGGUGGCCGACUGUGAGGCCAUUGAGGUGCUCCAACGCCGUGGGUGGGGCGCUGAGGAUGCGACGAAUAUGCUGAGUGCGCUGCCCGCCGACGGGAAGUCGUUCGCAGCGCUUCACACACUGCGCGGCAUCCGGCUGGGUUUUGGUACCCCCGCCGAGAUCGACAGGCUGCGUGAGGUGCUGGUGGCAAGAGGCGUCAGGCGGUCCAUUCGCGAGCUCAAGAUCGUGUGGAACACACUGAGCAACACAGACGAGGACUGGGAGAGACUGCAGAAGACCGCACAGCUCGUGUAAGGACAUAUGAGCAGAGGAGGAAGUUCAGCUCUGCGUGGCAUAUACCAGAUGUGCUCGUCUUCUGGUGCAUUACUGCAGAGACGCCGUCGCGCAUUCCGAAGCUCUGUCGAGGCGCGUUGUGGGCAACAUCAGGGGGCGUGGAAGGAUCGACGACGAGCUCCUCUCGCGCACCAGCAGCGGCGGCACUCCCACCAUGCAGAGGAUCAUGCACGAAUUCGCCAAGACAGCCGGCAUGGUGACUUACAGCGGAGAGGACGAGGCCACCCCGCCGGCCAUCUCGGACGACACAUUCCUCGCCGCCCACACCCUGCUGCUGCUGAACGUUGCCCUCGACGAUGAGGCCAAGAAGAAGCGGGCGGUCGAGAUCGCCUCACACAUGCCCAGCCUGUCGUAUAUCGAGGCAGGAGACUACCAGAACGAUGUGCCGCUGGAUGCACCCGUCCGUGAGGUGUGGCGGUUCCUCGAGAAGCUGCAGACGGUGCUGGUCAGCAAGGGGAGGCAGAACAUCCUGACGCUGUACCUUGCCGUAUCUGCCGCCGACUUCACAGCACCCCUCAGCCAUGGCCGGAGCCCAUCGCUGUGGGGUCAGGGCGUGAACGCCAAGCGGCCGCCGAUCGAGAAAGUGUAUGUCUCUGUUGAUGGUGAGCGGGAAUGGGAAUAAGCAGGGACCGCCAUUGGCCGUGUCGUCUCUAUAUGACGGUAAUGUUUGUCGUUCAGGCCAUGUAGAGGAAGACAAGCUGGAGAGAUUCUACCAGCACGCGAUGGCCUCGAUCAACUCAUACAACCACAAGCUCAAGGUGCGCCGCGCACCACCCACACACAGAUGACUCACUGCCGGGCGAUGUGUGUGUGCCCUUUCUCGUGUUGCUUGAAUGAAUGACAGGGCCACAAGAGGACCGAAGUGUGCUUUAUGGACGACGCCGUGGGCACCGACUUCGACCGGCGCUUCCUGGCUCAGCAGAUUAGCCUCAACUUCAGCGGCGGGCCAUACGAGUUCAGCUUCAAUGCCGACGGGAUGGUUGCAGAGCGCCGCGACGUGGAGGUAGGGACAACGGCUCAUACACAAAGCGUUUGCACCCCCCCGAAGUGCCUUGAGCGUCUGUCAACCUGUGUGCGCUGUGCUCUGCUGUGCUGUGCUGUCCUGAGUCAGAUCGGCACAGAAGGAUGACACCGGUAGAGCUGGCCACUUGUGGGUGGAUGGAUGGAUGGCUGCUGCCGUGAGUGAGCAGCUUGAUGGCGUGUACAGGCGGUGGACAGUGGACAGGUAGAUAGACAGACAGUUAGACCCCUAGAUCGACGGCCGGAUGGAGGGGUACUUUACUCAUCCAUCGCUCAUGCCCACCACGGCCCAGACACGACAGGCCUGUGGGCGAUUCUGCAUGUGUAACUGCUUGUUUUCUUGCUUGAUGCGUGCGUGCAUUGCUGUUGGUGUCCAUGACCUUCCUGCCGCAUCACUGAUGUGCGUGUGAAUGAAAGUGCAUGCAUCUGUGCCUUCCCAAAUCAAAGCAAGUCAGGGCCUCUAUAGGAAGGCGUGUUAGGUAUUGCAAUUCAACACUUGUCGUUAAUG